UGAGCUCUGAUCCUCAUGCUGCUCCGUUCUCAGGAGGACGUGGCUGACGUGGAGGCGCGGGAGAAGGAGCAGAGGGAGCAGGACGCCCAGAGGAACCUCUUUGAGGGGCUGAAGUUCUACCUCAACAGGGAGGUACCCCGGGAGUCCUUGGCGUUUGUCAUCAGGUGUUUUGGUGGCCAGGUGUCAUGGGACAAGUCCCUCUGUAUCGGCAACACAUAUGACGUCACAGACGAGACCAUAACACACCACAUUGUGGACAGACCUAACAUAGAUAAGCAGUACAUCAACAGGUACUACAUCCAGCCCCAGUGGGUGUACGACUCCAUCAACGGCAAGAUUAAACUCCCCGUGGAGGACUACUUCCUGGGGGUCAACCUGCCCCCUCACCUCUCCCCCUUCGUGGAGGAGAAGGACGGCGACUACGUCCCCCCAGAGAAGCUGAAGCUCAUGGCUCUCCAGCGUGGGGAGAAGCCAGAAGGAGACGAACUAGAGGAUGAGGAAGAUGACGACGAUGAAGAUGAUGAGGAGGAUGAGGAAGAAGAUGAGAUGGACGAGGAAGAGGCCGAAGAGGAGAGCAGCCUGAAGAAGAUCGAACAGCAGAGAGGCCAGGGCAAGAUGCCCUCCGUGAAGGUGACCCCGGGGGCGGUCAAGCGGGAGGACAAGAAGCGCACAGACCUGGAGGAGAAGGCCGAGGAGAAGAGGCUGGCCAUCAUGAUGAUGAAGAAGAAGGAGAAGUACCUCUAUGACAAGAUCAUGUUCGGCAAGAAGAGGAAAGUCAGAGAGGCAAACAAACUGACUGCUAAGAGGAAGUCUCACGAUGACGCUUCCAAAACAGAGAAGAAGAAGAAAAAGGCAAAGAAGCAGUGAGAACACACUGACGCCAUCACCAAGGACUGGUUUUAACUUGUAUUUAAAACAGGAUUCUUUCCAUUUUUCGGAAGUAACGUUACAAUGGUUUUGAUCUGUCAUUGUGUGACUGAUUGAUUGGAAGAAUCAAUAUAUGAUAUCAAAUCAUUGUCAUCAUGUCAGUCUGAUCGGAUAUCGGCCAGAAGCUAAGACAUACCUUUGGCCUCCGAUAUAUAUUAUGACCUUUAUUCCAAUGUUGAAGAUGGUGAUCUGUAUACGUAGUAAACGUUCUUUGUUUUUGGCAACGUUUGGUUUGUGCACCAUUAUUUCAACCGUGACCUCAUCCCAAAAUGAGGGUUUUGUACAAUAAAAUACAAUAAAGAUCAA